CGAUCAAAAACUUUCAACGUUUUUCUGGACUAAAUGUUACCGGUGAACUGAAUGACGAGACGAUAGCACUGAUGUCGCUGCCACGCUGCAGUGUGAUCGAUAUGAUCGGUUACGGGGCAGACGCGCACACGGAAAACUUUGCCUUGCGGAGAAUCCACUGGAGGAAAAAGAAUUUGACAUACCGUAUUUCCAAGUACCCGAAAUUGCUGCAACGACAGGAAGUCGAUAACGAGAUCUCGCGAGCUUUCAGCGUGUGGAGCGACCACACCGAUUUGAGCUUCAGGCAAAAGUAUAUCGGAGCCGCCGACAUUGAUAUUCGCUUCGAAGUAAACGGCCACAGUGAUGAGGAGGCAUUCGAUGGACCAGGAGGAGUUUUGGCACACGCAUAUUUUCCGAUGUAUGGCGGCAAUGCGCAUUUUGACGACGCAGAACAAUGGACCAUUGGAGUAGAGAACGGAAUCAAUCUGUUCCAGGUGGCGGCGCACGAAUUUGGUCACUCACUUGGCCUCGGCCAUUCCAGAGUUCAUUCUGCACUGAUGGAACCUUUCUACCGUGGAUACAAUCCCAAUUUCCAGCUCAGCAAGGAUGAUAUUUUGGGUAUUCAAUCAUUGUACGGCCCGAAAACCAAGAUUGGUCAGUCAACCAACCCGAUAAGCCCGAAAGAAGAGCACCCGAAUCUGUGUAAUUCACCAUCCAUCGAUUCCAUUUUCCAUACCAGCGACAACAAGACGUUUAUAUUCAAAGGUGACAAGUAUUACAGGAUCGUAGCAAACGACAUUGCUCCAGGCUAUCCGAAGAACAUUUCCGAAGGCUGGCCGGGACUUCCGGGCAAAAUUGAUGCUGCUUUCACACACCAGAAUGGCAAGACGUACUUUUUCCAGGGUACUAAAUACUGGCGCUAUCGAGGAAAGGAAAUGGAUGCCGACUAUCCGAAGGAGAUCAGUGAUGGUUUUCCAGGAAUUCCAAACCAUCUCGAUGCGGUCAUGGUCUGGGGAUAUAAUGCUGGAAUUUACUUCUUCAAAGGAAGCCAAUUUUGGCGGUAUAAUUCGAAGAAGAAGCCACCAGUACCCGCGGUCUAUCCGAAGGAGAUCUCGUACUGGAACGGUAUCCCAAAUGGAAUCAAUGCUGUGGUACAUCAAGGAAAAAAAUUCACCUACUUCUUCAAGGAUGAUAAGUACUAUCGCUUCAAUAAUGAAAAGCUUCAGGUUGACCAGGAUGAUCCUCCAUUCCCGAGACAAACUGCAGCAUGGUGGUUUGGGUGCAAGAAUGAGACUGAUAUCAUAACAACCACUGAAAAAAGUGGAAUGGAAACGUUUGACGAGCUAGAUGAUUUCUUGAACGACAAUUUCUGGACGUUUGAUGCUGAUUCCUUGGAAGAGAUUUCCUGGAUUUUUGAUAAUGAGUGACGGUCCAGCUUCACAAUAAGGUUAAUAAGAGCGGAAUGCUGCAUUAAUAGAGUAAACCUUUUUGUACAAGUUACAUGCUAUACAUUUAUAUCCAUUCGAGAAAGAUAAUAAAUUCGUCAUGUUCAGAAUGUCG